GCAUGGCUACCAGUAACAAGCGUAUCGUCUACGUCGGUGGUCUUGCGGAGGAGGUUGAUGACAAAGUCCUCCAUGCAGCCUUCCUGCCAUUUGGUGACAUAGUUGAUAUCCAGAUACCCCUUGACUAUGAAACAGAAAAACACAGAGGCUUUGCUUUUGUGGAGUUUGAACUUGCUGAGGAUUCUGCUGCAGCCAUAGACAACAUGAAUGACUCAGAGUUGUUUGGGCGGACAAUCCGAGUGAACCUGGCCAAGCCAAUGAAGAUCAAGGAGGGAUCAGGUAGACCAGUGUGGGCGGAGGAUACAUGGCUACAGGAACACUCUGGGGAGACGCUAGAGAAGAAGGAAGGAGAAGGGGAGGAAGGAGAAGGGGAGGAAGAGGAUGGGGGAAGGGAAGGAGAGCAUGGAACAAAGAGACCUGCAGAAGACACAGAAGAGACUGCAGUGUCAGCCCCCAAGAAAUCCCGUACAAAUCCCCAAGUCUACUUUGACAUCAAGAUUGGCAAUCGAAGUGUUGGGCGUAUUGCUAUAGAGUUGAGGGCAGAUGUCGUACCCAAGACAGCAGAAAACUUCCGCUGUCUUUGUACCCAGGAGAAAGGAUUUGGCUUCAAGGGCAGCUCCUUCCACAGAAUCAUUCCAUCUUUUAUGUGUCAGGGAGGAGACUUCACCAACCACAAUGGCACUGGCGGCAAGUCUAUAUAUGGGCGCAAGUUUGAGGAUGAGAACUUUACAUUGAAACAUCUUGGAUCAGGUACUUUAUCAAUGGCAAACUCCGGCCCAAACAGCAACGGAUCCCAGUUUUUCAUCACAACAGAGAAAACAGAUUGGUUAGAUAACAAGCAUGUUGUGUUUGGGAAAGUCAUCGAGGGAAUGGAUGUAGUCAGGAAAAUGGAGGCCUGUGGAAGCAAGGGAGGUAAGCCAUCUGAGAAGGUGGUGAUUGCCAACUGUGGGGAGUUUGUGUGAUAAGGAGACAAUACCAGAGGAUGGAUCCGAUCACAUAUGUCUGCCACAUGGCUCUUCUGGAAGUGCAUUUGCUUGUUGCAUGUCUUUCAGGAAGCGUCAGAUCAAUGUAUAUUUGCGAACACAGAUGAAUUUUACAGUUUGAUGUGUAAAAAAAUGUGGCAAUACAUCAAUCCUACUGAUGUAAACCUUGAACACAUCAGCAAGAUUCAAGAGGUAGUGGAUCAAUGCAUCCAUGCACCCAUGCACAUCAACAUGGACAGCUAGAUUCGUGCAACAGAGGCAACAGAGGUCAACUGUAGUGCAAGAGAGGUCAACAGACACAUUUAGGAAUGUACUGAAGAACAUUCCUUUGCGUGAUGCAUCAAGUAACGUUGCUAAUACUAGGAAAGUCUUUGUCAGUAUCACCAUGGAAACUUUAUCCACUUUUGAAGUUGAAGACUUGGAAAGCACUGAAACCUUUAUCCUACUUGUGAUUGGAAUUCUUGAAGAGCAACCAUGUUGUGAAAUGUUCUCUGUAGAUAUGUACAAAUAUGAACUUUUAUGAAUAGAGAAACUUGUUUCAUA